GUCAACUCGGAGCCGGCGCGGCCGUGACGUGCAGGCCGGGCCGGGCCGGGCCUGGCCGGGACAGGGGCGGCGGCGGCGGCGGCGGCGGCGGCGGGCCGGGCCCCGGGAUGGCGAUGUUCCGCAGCCUGGUGGCCUCGGCUCAGCAGCGGCAGCCGCCGGGCGGGCCCGCGGGCGGCGACAGCGGCCUGGAGGCGCAGUACAGCUGCCCCAUCUGCCUGGAAGUCUACCAUCGGCCCGUGGCCAUCGGCAGCUGCGGACACACGUUCUGCGGGGAGUGCCUCCAGCCGUGCCUGCAGGUGCCGUCCCCCCUGUGCCCACUGUGCCGCCUGCCCUUCGACCCCAAGAAAGUGGACAAGGCCGCCCACGUGGAGAAGCAGCUUUCGUCCUACAAGGCACCCUGCCGGGGCUGCAGUAAGAAGGUGGCGCUGGCCAAGAUGAGGGUGCACGUUGCCUCCUGCGUGAAGGUCCAGGAGCAGAUGGCCAACUGCCCCAAGUUCGUCCCCGUGGUGCCCACGUCCCAGCCCAUCCCCAGGUGGGCCGCCGUACUGGGGCCCCCUCCGUGGGGCAGCUCCGGGCCUACCUCGCGGGGUGGGCGGUGGGGCCUCGCCCCCUGCAGCGCCGUCCCCAACAGGUCCACCUUCGCCUGCCCUUACUGUGGUGCCCGCAACCUGGACCAGCAGGAGCUGGUGAAGCACUGCGUGGACGGCCACCGCGGCGACCCCAACCGUGUGGUGUGUCCCAUCUGCGCGGCCAUGCCCUGGGGCGACCCGAGCUACAAGAGCGCCAACUUUCUGCAGCACCUGCUCCACCGGCACAAGUUCUCCUACGACACCUUCGUGGACUACAGCAUCGACGAGGAGGCCGCCUUCCAGGCCGCCCUGGCCCUGUCUCUCUCCGAGAACUGAAGGCGCGGCCACUGGCCCAGCCCCCCCACCUCGAGGGACAGGCCCCGCCGGUUCCGGCGGCCCAGGCCUGUCUGGGAAGGCGCCUCGAGGGCCGGGGGGGACCCUCACUGCUGCAGGAGGAGAGGCCGCGUCCCCGUCGUCACCGGCUCUUCGGUGCUUCGGGCUGAGCAGGUGGCCUCGGGGGGCCGGCCACUGGGACGGAGUGUGGCCACUGUCUGUGUCUCAAAGCCAUGAUGUCCUCCCUGCAGAGAGGACCCUUCAGGCCCUGCCGCGCCCACAGGCCCCGGCACCGAGCAGGCAAGCGCGGAGGGGGCCCGGCCCAGCACCUGGCAACGCUUCCCCCUCGCGUGCUCGGUACUGGCUUUUGUGAUACCUAGAGGUUCCACACUUUAUUAUCCGGUGUGAUGACCUUUUCACGUUUUCUAGAGCAAAGACAGAGCAGUUACCCUUCAUAUUGCAAUAUCUGUGUUUGACUAGGAAUAAUAGUAUUUUUAUGGAACGUUUACAAAAUUAUAUUUUUUAAAAAAAAACAAUAAAAAACGAAUGGUUGUGGGAUUGGUAGGGGGAGGGGAGGAGAGACGGGGCAAUCGCUGUGGGCGGGGACAGAGGUGGCCACGUCCCCAGGUCCCCUUGCCAUUCCCCAGGGUCACUGUGAUAAUAACGGGAAGAAAUCCCAACGCCCGGCCACUUGCAGUGGCGCUGUGUCUGCUCCCGGCCUCCCGCCUGGGUCUUGGCCUCGGCCCUGCUGUCACUGUUCCAAAGCUGACCACCUCCCGCCCCCGGCAGGGCCACCCCCAGCAGUGGCAGAGCGCGGGGGCCGGGGCAGUGACCAGGCAGUUCAGAAGAUGCUCAUCGGCACCCUCGUUUGGUUCAUGGCAUAAAUUAUUGCUGUCUUUAAAAAAAAUUUAAAUAAAAUGUCUCAAAGCA